AUGGCGAGGAUGGCGGUACCGUGGUGAACGAUGAGACAUCACUUCCAGAGCAAGGAGUUCCAGGGAUACGUGAGCAGCACUCACUUCUGGGGUCCCGUGUUCGACUGGGGCCUUCCGCUGGCUGCCUUUAAAGACAUGAAGGUGUCACUGGAGAUCAUCAGUGGCCGCAUGACGACAGCGUUCAUCUUGUACUCGGCGAUCUUCAUGCGCUUCGCCUACCGCGUACAGCCUUGAAACCUGCUGCUGAUGACGUGCCACUGUACCAACGUGAUGGCGCAGAGUGUGCAGGCCAGUCGCUACCUACUCUACUACGGCGGCGGCGCUGAGGCUAAAGCCCGCGACACCACCAGCCCGGGUUCCCAGCCCCCGAAACAAGCUUCUUAA